CCGUUUAAACGUGAAUCUGUCCAAUAGAUAACGGCUGACCUGAUAGCGAGGUCGGAUGGUUUUAAACUGCAACCCAUUUAUAGAUAACAACCAUAAUAACACGCUGCAUGCCGGGAGUUGUUAUGUUAGACGACGACAGUGUCCUGCUGUCAAAACAGUUCGUGCGGUGGUGGUGACCAAGCUGUGAUCAUGGCGUUGACCCGGCUAGAACGGGCCCAGGCAUGGAUUCUGAGUGCGUGCAUGGGCGUGCUCUUUGCGCUCUUUCGGCUCCUCUCUCCACGGCGGUCCCGUGGAUUAAUCAAACUUCUUCCAGUCACCAACCCUCUGCUGAUGAUGUCUGCGAUGCAGCUCGCGCAAAGGAUUCGUCGGAGAGAGGUGUCGAGCGUGGAGGUGGUGCAGGCCUACAUUGACAGGAUUCAGGAGGUGAACCCGCUGCUCAAUGCUAUGGUGCAGGACAGGUUUGCAGCAGCGUUGCUAGAGGCAGCCCAGGUGGACAAGCUGAUCGAGGAGGAGACCGGGGGAGAGGAUGUUCUGGAGGAUAGACUUCCCCUGCUGGGGGUCCCCCUCACUGUCAAAGAGGCCUUCGCUCUACAGGGCAUGCCCAACACCGCAGGUGUGGUUUCCCGGCGCGGGGUCCUUUCAGCGGGGGACGCCCCUCCCGUGGCCCUGUUGAAGAGGGCCGGGGCCAUCCCCCUGGGGGUCACCAACUCCAGCGAGCUCUGCAUGUGGUCCGAGUCCCACAACCACCUGUACGGCAUUUGCAAUAACCCCUAUGACCUGGAGAGGACACCAGGCGGCAGCUCAGGUGGAGAGGGUAGCAUACUUGGCAGUGGAGCAUCAGUGAUCGGGAUAGGUUCUGACAUCGGUGGAAGUAUCCGUAUGCCGUGCUUCUUCAAUGGCGUUUUUGGCCAUAAAACCACACCAGGUGUAAUAUCUAAUGAUUGUCAGUACCCCCCUGCCUCUGGUCGUCAUGAGGACUACCUCAGUACUGGCCCCAUGUGUCGCUAUGCUGAGGACCUUCUGCCCAUGCUCAGGAUCAUGGCUGGACCCAAUGCUCACAAAUUGUCUUUGUCCGUUGAGGUGGAUCUGAGGAACCUGCGUUUCUUCUCUAUCCCUCACGAUGGAGGCUCUCCUCUGGUGAGUGCUGUAGAUGAACAGCUCCUUCAAGCCCAGAGGAGGGUGGUGGAGCGGCUCGAGUCUGACCUAGGGGUCAAGGUUCAGGAGGUGCGUCUCUCUGGGCUCAAAUAUGGCUUCCAGAUCUGGGAUACGUACAUGGGGCUCCCCGACAAGGAGGGCAAGCGCCCCACACCCUUCCAAGUGUUGAUGGGGGAACCAGGGAGGCCGGUGUGGCCAGUGUGGGAGCUGGCCAAGUGGAUGAUGGGAAGGUCCCCUCACACCAUGGCUGCUAUUGGCCUGGCCUUGGUAGAGAUUACCAGCUCAUCCAAGCCCUCUCCCUUCAUCCUGAAGCAGAAAGAGAAGCUACAGAAGGAGGUUGAGGAGCUGUUGGGUACAGACGGUGUUCUCCUGUACCCCACCCACCCUCACCUCGCCCCCAAACACCACCACCCCCUCUUCACACCCUUCAACUUCGCCUACACAGGGGUCAUCAACGUCCUGGGGCUGCCAGUGACCCAGUGCCCUCUGGGAUUGAGUGUAGAGGGUCUUCCCCUGGGGGUGCAGGUGGUGACUGGGAAGCUCCAGGACCGCCUGUCCCUAGCCAUGGCCCUCUACCUGGAGAAGACCUACGGAGGCUGGAGAGACCCUGGAGCCGUCUGACCUGGCCUGUAUCUAUAAAGCAUUGUAGAGUAGGAGUGCUGAUCUACGAUCAGUUUGGCCUUUUUUAAAUAAAAAUAAACGAGUUACAUGAACAGGGAGGACCUGAUCCUGGAUCAGCACUCCUACACGAAGACGCUUUAUGGAUAGUGGCCCUGACCUGAGGACCACUGGGCCA